GAUAACCGGUGUAUUUCGCCGGCAAUCGAUGCCGGUGUCGCAUUUUCCUGACCGGUAAAUAAUAUUUCAUUAGUGGAGCACUUCCUCAAAUAUUUGCCGUUAGCGCCCACGAUUUCGUUUCACGUCUCCGUUCCCGGCACACUCAUUCUCUCCGGCGACGAAAGGAGCCGCACUGAAAGUCAGUCAUUGUCGGGAUUGUAGACAGGACGCUUGCCGCGUCCGCCGCCGCUCCGAACUUUGUUGGCCGUCGAAAACCGUCAGCGACUCGAACUGUUACUAAGUACCGGUAAUUUCAAAUAUAACACGUACAUCACUAUUAAUAAAAAAAAAUAAAUGUAGUAAUUUAUUUCUAGUGUUUUCAAAAGUUGUGUUUUAUUUUUUAAAUUUCGAACGUUCCGUUAAUUAUGAUUUAAAAAGAAAAUUGAGACUAAAGCACAGUGAGGUGCGGGUUUGUUUUAAGAAAAAAAAAUAUUCUUUUCUUCGACCUAAUUUUAUGAGGUGGCCGGCUCUUCGAGGACUUAAUGGCGGCAUCUUGACAACGUUUUAAUUGUCGACGAGUGGGCAGCAGCGUCCCUCCUAAAACGACACCAGAGUCUAACUGCGUUUGCCGCCUGCCAAGCGUGGCAACUACUGGCAGAACGUCUCUUGUGUGGGAAAGUCUAUGCUCAGCAGUGGACAGUCAAUGAUAUAAUGGUAUCCCGUUAAAUCUCCAACAGGCAUGCUAUAAUGAUCCCAGUACCACCUCUCCAGAAAGUAAUGAGACUCUAAAACACUAACGAAAUGGAUUCGACAGAAGAUGAAUUUUACAACAUAUGCCUGAACUUAACUACAGAAGAAGUCAGCCUGGGAAGUUGCAAUUACAGCAGUGAAUAUGAAAAUGGGGAGUUACUCGAGAAGGUCGUGUCUAGGGUUGUGCCAAUAUUCUUCGGAUUUAUCGGCAUUGUCGGAUUGGUGGGAAACGCACUGGUUGUUCUGGUCGUUGCUGCCAACCCUGGCAUGAGAUCGACUACCAAUCUCCUAAUAAUAAACCUGGCUGUGGCUGAUCUCCUAUUUGUAAUAUUCUGCGUACCAUUCACAGCUACAGAUUAUGUAAUGCCAAGAUGGCCUUUCGGCGAUUGGUGGUGUAAGGUUGUUCAAUACUUCAUCGUGGUAACAGCUCAUGCGUCAGUUUACACUUUAGUGCUGAUGUCUUUAGACAGGUUCAUGGCUGUGGUACACCCAAUCGCCUCAAUGUCGAUAAGAACCGAAAAGAAUGCAUUGCUAGCAAUAGCUUGCAUUUGGGUGGUGAUUCUGACGACGGCGAUACCUGUAGGAAUUUGCCAUGGAGAGAGGGAGUACGCUUAUUACCAUAGAAACCAUUCUUCGUGUGUAUUUUUGGAGGAGCAGGGAUAUAGCAGACUAGGUUUCCAAAUGUCUUUCUUUCUGUCAUCCUAUGUGAUCCCACUGGCAUUGAUCAGCGUACUGUAUAUGUGUAUGCUGACGAGGCUAUGGAAGAGCGCGCCAGGGGGAAGAGUAUCGGCGGAGAGCAGGAGGGGAAGAAAGAAAGUAACCAGGAUGGUUGUGGUUGUGGUCGUCGUUUUUGCUGUAUGCUGGUGUCCGAUACAGAUAAUCCUGCUGGUGAAGGCGUUGGACAAAUACAACAUCACCUACUUCACGGUGACGGCGCAGAUCGUGUCCCACGUGCUGGCGUACAUGAACAGCUGUGUGAACCCGCUGCUGUACGCGUUCCUGUCGGAGAACUUCAGGGUCGCGUUCAGAAAGGUGAUGUACUGCCCACCGCCGUAUACAGACGCGAUGUCUGGACGUCCACAGCCGACGAAGACCACACGGACUGGCAACGGGAACUCGUGCCACGACAUCGUCUGAGAAUCAGUUCGCAGUCGCACGCGUUUGCCUUCCGCUGACCAAGCAACUAUUGUAUAAAUCGCUUAGGUAAAGCGCUAGCGGCUGCUCUAGACCAAUAACUAAAGCAUACUGUUCUUAGUUCCUUUGUCUUAAUUUUUUUUUUUAAUCUGUGAUGUAAAUAAACUGUUAAUGUAGUAUAGACCGCUUGUUGUUAGCGAAUAAUUUUAUAACGGAUAAUACGUUUUUGUAUGUAGCUGUAAAUAAAUAGUAUUAUGUACUAAAUGUUUGACGAAAAUAUCUCACAUAUUUCUAUAUAAUGAGCCCAGAUAUAGAAUUGCGUGAUAAAUUUUCGAUUGUAAAUAUGUUUGAAAAUUUUUUUUUUUUUUUACUUAAAUAAGUAGGUAAUUUAUUUUUUUUUUUCUUUGUAAAUUAAAAAAGGUUAGGAUGAUAAUAAUUAGACGAAACAUCGAACUAUCAAAAGUAGAUUAGAAAUUUUGUGUAACAAUAUAAAUAAAUAAGGCUUUAGAUAGUAAAUAGAUCGAUAUAAUAUGUAAUAUCAAUUUUAUAAGCGAUGUAUAACUUAUUUUUUUUUUUUUUACAAGUUCAUUUCAAAGAGAUGGAACUUGUUUUUAUUUCGAGAUAUAUAUAUAUAUAGUUGUAAACUAGUUACAGUAUAUAUAUUUAAAUGUAAUGAGACGUGAAAUGAACUGAGUCGGAGUUUGUAAUAAACUGUUGUAGGUAGGUAUUGGAAAAUGUGAUUUUAUGUAUAUCCUAAGCUUAAAUGAGGUUAAAAUAAUAUAUGAUAGUAAAUGUUUUUUUCAUAAAAUAGAGUUGUUUAAUUUAAUCUACCAAUAUAUAAUAUACCAGAGAAGACUAUGUAU